CCCGACCCACGCGGGGCCCCGCUUGCCACUCGCCCGGUGGCGGCCGUGGCCGGGCGUAGCGAGGAGCGGAGCCGGGGCGAGCUCCUCCGCCGCCACGGGAGGCUGGUAACUAAGUGAUCCUUAAGAGUGGCUCUGGGAAGCAAAUGCAAAAUGAGCGGCGGAGGACAGUGCAGAAGACGCAGAGGGCUCUCGGUCUGACCCACGAGGAUUUGAAGAUGUCUGCGUGCAGUGACUUUGUGGAACACGUUUGGAAGCCCGGCUCCUGCAAAAACUGCUUCAACCCAAAGAGUUCCCAUUGGCCGCAAACACCCCCAGAUGUGGGAGCUUGUGCCGUGCUCCUGAAUGGAGUUAGGACCAAGCCUGAGAGCCCCACAUUGGAAGACGAAGGUGUAAACACUUCUCCUUUCUCAAAGCCAACGAUUGCCGUGAAGCCAACUAUGAUAAACUCGGAUGUUUCUGACUCGUGGGUGGAUGUGAAUAUGAAUGCAGAUCUGUCACAGGUCAGCUGGGGCAUGGUUUCUGGCAAACAGCUCCUUCUGAAAUCAGGAGAUGCACAGCGGGUCUGCCUUGACAGUUUUGGCAAUGGAGGUGUGAGAAAGCCCUUCCUUCACAACCCGCCCAGCGACUGCUUGUCUUGCUGUCCUCCUAGCUACUCCAUGGUGGGCUUGCGCAGCUUGGAGAGUCACGUGGAGAGAAAUGUCUCCAUCCACAGCCUGGUGCUUGUGGGUGAAGUGGGCAAGCAGGAAGACAGAGCCAAAGACAAGUUUGCCCUGCCGCAUCAUGCCCCCUGCCCUAGUCUGUCUGCCUUGAGGGACAGAAGCAGCACAAACCCCAACAGAAACCCUUCUUCCCAAGCCACAGAAGGAGCAGCGCUCCCCUUGGAGGGUGACUGUGGUCACCUCUCCUCCAGCUUUGAGAGUGAGGGGGGCGAGUACUGUUCAAUCACGGAGUGCCACGGAGAGCACCCUGUCUCACGGGAGCCACGCUGCUCGGAGGUGAAGGGCACCCGGUGUGAGAAGGAUGGCUCUGCUCCAUGCAGAUGGAGACAGCGGGAUGCUCCCGAGAUUCCCAGGCCAAGUGGCCGGGCGGUCAAGUUCAGUGACGAGGAGUGCAGAGCUGUGAAUGUGGCCUUCUGCAUCACGAAAAACCAGGGUGAUCAUCUCCCCUAUGCCCUGUGUUCAGAGAGGAAAAAGCUGGCUUUCCAUGCUGAGCCUGCUGCCCUCCCUGAGAGCACAGGGAGCAGCAACACAGCUGCCUUUGCUUUGUCCCCAGAGGAUGAGGACUCGCCUCUCCCUGGAGAGGCCUCUGUCACCAAAGGCCCCUGGCCUGAGGGUUCAAGCGCCCCUCAGCAGGCUCUGGUUGAGCCGCAGCGUCCUUGCCUUGCUGAGCCAGCCCGCAGUGAUCCCAUCUAUGCCGAGAGCACCAAGAGGAAGAAGGUGCUGCUGAACGCUAGUGGAGGACAGGCAAAAGCAGAGAAGCUGGCCCGCAGCACUGGCAAGGAGCAAGCUGAUGGGAUGUGGAGGGAUGGCAGCUGGGCUUUAGGUGGUGAGAAGGAAUACCAGGACUCCACUGGCCAGGUGGCAGCCAAGAUAACUGUAAUGACAGCGCACACUGAGGAUGAUCACAAGACAAUAUUCCUCAGCAGCCCUGACUCAGCAGUGGGAGUUCAGUGGCCAUGUAUCAGCCCCACUUCCCACCCUGAUUUUGGGACUUCAUCGCCUGCCAUUGAGCACGGAGAGAUUUUUCAAGCAUCUGGAAGUGAAAACAGCACCAGAUUUCAUCUGGCAGCUCCUGCCAAGGUUUCAGUUGCUGAGAGCCCAGCCAUUCCCCCAAAGAUGUCCCGAAAUGGCCAGCUGGGCAGCGAUGGGAACCGUGUGCCCCCGGUAAGGCUUGGUGAUGACAAUAGCCAUGAGGGAGCUGGUGUUCAGCUGCUGCCAAGGAGCUAUACGGAUACAGGCACCUUUGGGGCAUCCCCUUCUCUGUGCACACAUGUCAAUGGGGUCUCUGUGGAGGAGUCCAGCAGAGCCCUGGCAGGCUCAUCCUAUGACAGGAGGCAGAAAUACUUCACCCCAACAUGGACCAAGCAGUGCCGGAUAGAGGAGGAGGAGGAGGAGCAAGAGGAGGAAGAGCAGGAGCUCUCAACCCACCCAUGGACAGUGGGAGCUGAGAAUGGAAGAGCUGGAGCUGACCUUGUGGAUGAUGGCCCGAUGCUGGAGCAUCAGGCUAGGAUCAGCAAAUCAUCAUCUUUCUCCUUUGAUUUCCCUAAGGACAAGAGCAAUGGAGUGGAGUUUGCACCACCACCACCACCACCGCCGCCGAAAAAGCAGUCCAGGCAUGCUCUGAAAAUGAACUCAAAUAACGCUGAGUUGGAGAGGGUCAGCAACAGCUCUGCUGAAAGCCUCAGCCCACCAUUCAGGAGCGUCCACGUCAGCUUCACAGCUGGCUCCAGUGACAGCCUCGAUUCAGACACACAGACUGGCAGUGAUGGCAGGCACUCUUCUGAGCUGAACCACUCACCUCCUCCACCUGAGAACCAAGUGUUUCCCCCUGUCCCUUUCCUUCCUGUCUCUGCUGAGGAUGGUCCCUCCUCUGCCCCCAGCUGCCCACCCCCUCUGCCCCAGAAGAAGACCGUGAGCAGAACAGUGUCCUCUCCAGAUGGCUUUUUUGGAGGACAGGCAUCUUCAGGCAGAGCAGCUGAUGCUCCCAGCCCCAGGCUGAAUGUCAGCCACUCCGAGACCAAUGUCUGCCUCCGAGAGGAGCCUCCCUUCAUCCACCCAGCCAGCCUGGGGGGCCGCCCCGGCGCCUUCUCCUCUUCUGAGUCCCUGGAGAAAAGCUCCAAAGGAAACAGCUACUGGGGCUCAGCCUCUGGUAAGAGCACCGGGGCUUGUGUCCCCAGCAGAAACCUCCAGUCCCUUUCUUCCUCGCAGCUCAGUGUGUCCAGCCAGGUGUCAUCGGGCUCCAGCCUCCAGCUCCACAACCUCCUGAGCAAUAUUGACAGCAAGGAGGGGGUGUAUGCCAAGCUGGGGGCUCUGUACGCCGAGUCCGUGCGCCGCCUGGUUGCCAAGUGUGAGGACUGCUUCAUGCGGGAGCAGAAGAACGAGCUGCACUUCAGUGAGAACAACUGGUCCCUCUUCAAGCUGGCAUGCAACAAGCCCUGUUGUGACUCAGGGGAUGCGAUAUAUUACUGUGCCACCUGCUCCAAGGACCCUUCUACCACCUAUGCUGUGAAGAUUUGUAAAACCCAGGAGUCCAAGGUGGCUGCUUCAUACUGCAGCCCUGCAGUGCCAGUCCACUUCAACAUUCAGCAGGACUGUGGGCAUUUUGUGGCCUCUGUCCCCUCCAGCAUGCUGCUGGCCUCAGAUGCAGGGAAAGGCAUGCCUGGGGAUAGCCUCCAUCCCUCCCGCACUGCCAGCGAGCACGACUGCGUGGUGGUCAUUACCCGAGAGGUGCCGAGCCAGACCACUGCCGACUUCGUGAGGGACUCGGUGACGUUGCACCAAGCCAAGCCAGAGCUGUACGAACGUCGUGUUUGCUUCUUGCUCCUCCAGCUCUGCAACGGCCUGGAGCAUCUCAAAGAGCACGGCAUCAUCCAUCGUGACCUGUGCCUGGAGAACCUCCUGCUUGUCCCCUGCAAGCCCCCCAUGAGCUGCGUGAAAGCCAAAGAUGACAAACACUUACCCCGCCUCAUCAUCAGCAAUUUUUUGAAAGCCAAACAGAAGCCAGGAACUGGAGACUCCAAACUGAAGAAGAGUCAGGCCCGGCUGGCCCCGGAGAUCGUGUCCGCUUCUCAGUACAAGAAGUUCGAUGAAUUUCAGACUGGUAUUCUCAUCUAUGAGCUGCUGCACCAGCCCAACCCCUUUGAGGAGAAGGUGCACCUCAGGGAGCAGGAGUACAGCCCUGAGGACCUUCCUGCUCUGCCCAGCCUAUCCAUCUAUUCCCGGGGGCUUCAGCAGCUGGCACACCUUUUACUGGAAGCAGAUCCCAUCAAGCGUGUGCGGAUCACUGAGGCGAAGCGGAUGCUGCAGUGUCUGCUUUGGGGGCCGCGGAAAGACCUCACCGAGCAGCCCCUCAGCCACGAGGAAGCCCUCUGCCGCGUGCUUCAGAACUGGGUGGACAUGAAGCGUGCCCUGCUCAUGAUGAAGUUUGCAGAGAGGGCUGUGGACACGGAGCGGAGCAUUGAACUGGAGGACUGGCUGUGCUGCCAGUACUUAGCAUCUGCUGAGCCCGCCUCCCUCUCACACACACUAAAGCUGCUGCAGCUGCUCUGACCUUGGAUGUGGCUCAGAGGCAGCGGAGGGCUCCUGGUUGCCUUGUGCGUAAAGGUACAGAGCCCCUUUGUAUGUGAGAGGUUUGAAUCUGAGCUGCGAAUGCACAUCCUGCUCCUGCCCUGCACUCCAGCUGGAGUGCACGAGACCUGUUCAGGACCCUCAGCACCGUUAAUCUGUGAGCAGGAAAAACUGGGAACCUACCCCUAUUUUGGGGGAUUUUUAGAUUUUUUUUUUUUGUAUGUUAAGUCUGUGGACUAAUAAACUCCUGCCUGCGUGUGUGCAUGUGCCUAAAGAA